AUGGCGUCGGGCGGCGGUUGUGUGGCCGGAAUUCAUUCAUUGAAUGAACACGCUGCCUGUCUGAAAUCGUUCUUUAAUUCUCUGAACACGGCAUUGCCUGAAGGUUACACAAUCUCCGAACACAGCAUGGCGGACAAUAGUAGGAAGCAUCCGGUGGUGCUGUAUAUCCACGGAGAAAGCUACGACUGGGGCAGCGGAAAUCCGUACGACGGCAGCGUGCUGGCCAGCUACACAGACCAAGUGAUCGUGACGAUGAACUACCGGUUGGGCGUGCUUGGUUUCCUCAACGCCAAUAUGGCGCCGCAGACCAAGGCGAGGGUCGCGAAUUACGGGCUGAUGGACCAGAUCGCGGCGCUUCAAUGGGUCAAAGAGCACAUCGCCCUGUUUGGCGGCGAUCCCAACAACGUGACGCUGAUGGGUCAAGGAACUGGGGCCGCUUGUGUUCAUUUUCUCGCCAUCAGCCCGACGGUCGUGCGUGGGCUGUUCAAACGAGCCAUUCUACUGUCAGGCAGCGCUCUAUCGUCGUGGGCAGUUGUCGAGGACCCAAUUUCUUACGCGAUGAAGCUCGCCAAGGCGGUCAACUGCUCGAUCCCCGAGGAUUUGUUUAAGGACAACGAAUUAAUUGUCGACUGUCUGCGAGACCGAAGUCUAGACGAGCUGAUGCAGGUCGACAUUCAACCACCGACAUUUUUGAGCGCGUUUGGACCAAGUGUCGACGGUGUAGUGAUCAAGCCAGACUUCCAGAAAGAUCUUCUGUCGUACAUGGGCCCGGAGUUCCAAGGAUUCGGGCCACUGUCAAAGAAAGCUGAACACGGUGCUCCGAUCACAAGUAACAACAAAUACGAUUUGUUAUUCGGUGUAACUACCAGCGAAGCAUUGUGGAAGUUCGCGGAAAAGGAUGUGCAGCAAGGAUUCGAGGGCGAGAGAAGAGAUAGAAUAAUCAGGACGUAUGUGCGGAACGCGUACGUGUAUCACCUCACGGAGAUAUUUUACACGGUGGUGAAUGAAUACACCGAUUGGGAACGUACAGUGCAGCAUCCAGUGAACACGAAGGACGCCUGUGUCCAAGCACUAAGCGACGCCCAGUUCGUGGCUCCAUUAGUGCAAACCGGCGACCUGUUCACUCUAAGGCACACGAAGAAACCGAAUAACCCUCACAUCGCGCCGAUCCCGGAAAGCGAGAAGGAACCACUGCCAAAGACCUAUUUCUACGUGUUCGACUAUCAGAUGAAGGAUGGAGACUAUCCUCAGGUACGUGGUUACUUUUUUACAAGCGUGAGAAAACAAUGCUUUGCAGGGAAUGAAGGAAAAUUCAGAUACACGCAACACGCAGAAAUGAAAUGUUUUUCGAAUUGAUGAAAUGAUUUUGAAGCAAGAAUUUGUAAAAUUCUUCGAGACGAACGAAAUUGGAUAUUAA